UUUAUUUAUUAAUUUAUUUAUUUUUUAUAGCUGGUAGAUAGAAAAUAAAAAUGUCAGCCAGACCCGGAUUCUACCGGCAGGAGCUGAACAAGACCGUAUGGGAGGUUCCGGAGCGGUACCAGAACCUGACGCCGGUGGGCUCUGGAGCCUAUGGCACUGUGUGGUCUGGACAUCACCUCCAGACUGGUACCCUGAAAUCCACCUGCAUCAUCAUCCUCCUCCUCAUCAUCCUCAUCUUCUUUGCCCUGCCACCUGCUACACUCUUUGUUUCCACCCAGCUGCUUCAUUUUGGUUUCAUUUCUUCAUCAGCUAGUGAAAUCCGCCCCUGCCCAUAUUCAUUGUUAUUUUCUUUUUGCAGUUAUCUGGUCACCAACUUGAUGGGUGCAGACCUCAACAACAUCGUCAAGUUUCAGAAGCUGUCUGACGAGCAUGUGCAGUUUUUAAUUUACCAGCUGCUCCGUGGCCUUAAGUACAUCCAUUCAGCAGGAUUGAUCCACAGAGACCUUAAGCCAAGUAAUGUGGCAGUGAAUGAAGACUGUGAGCUAAGGAUCCUUGACUUUGGGUUGGCCAGGCAGACCGAUGAUGAAAUGACAGGAUACGUGGCGACUCGCUGGUAUCGAGCACCAGAGAUCAUGCUGAACUGGAUGCAUUACAACCAGAAUGUGGAUAUUUGGUCUGUGGGCUGCAUUAUGGGAGAGCUGCUGAAAGGAAAAGUCUUGUUUCCUGGGACCGACUAUAUCGACCAGCUGAAGAGAAUCAUGGAGGUGGUCGGCACCCCGACUCCAGACCUGCUGAAAAAGAUCUGCUCUGAGCAUGCCCAGAAGUACAUCCAGUCUCUUCCCUUCAUGCCUCAACAAGAUAUGGAAAAGAUCUUCAGAGGAGCUAACCCGCUUGCCAUCGAUCUGCUGAAGCGCAUGCUGGUUCUAGACUGUGAUGAGAGGAUCUCGGCCAGCGAGGCUCUGUCCCACCCUUACUUCUCCCAGUACCACGAUCCAGACGACGAGCCAGAGGCCCCGCCUUACGACCAAACGCUGGAGAGCAAGGACCGAACUCUAGAGGAGUGGAAAGAAUUGGUGUUCGAAGAGGUGAACAGCUUUAAAGCAUCUGGCAGCAAGACGGAGAGCCUUCAGGUGGAGCAGUAGGCUCCUCCCUGCUCCUCUCUGCUCCUGGUUCCUCGCCAGGGAGGAACCACGUACGUACUAUCUGGAUGGGAAACGGACUAAUGAAAAAAAAAAGCAAAAGGAAAUGAAUUGUAUUCUAGGAGUUAAUCUAACGCACAAACAUGGAGCCUGUUUGGGAUCAAAAGGACACAUCCGGAGCAGAAAGUUGCUUCCUGUUACAUUUCUGCUUUCAGUCGGAGAAAUGAGGAACUUUUCGGUGUCAAACGGACUCCUGAAGGGGCUGAAGGAAGAACUGGAUGUUUACAGACAGAAGAUGAAGAGAGGACAAAAAUGUGCACACUAGGAUUUCCAAAGCAACAUCAGGGACACAUAGCAUCAACCAUCAGUUCCAUCCACUUUUCUUAUACUGCCUUUAUGUUUAACCCUCUGGGGUCCCCUCACCGUCAUCGUUUUCCACAUUCCAGUCAUGCAAAAUCUUGGAUUAAGAGUCAAAAACAUUUUAAAAGAAUUUUAGAAAAUAAGGAAUUAAUUAAAUUAAAUAUGGAGUCAGAUAUACGCCAAAAUAAGCCUGGUAUAAAAAUACUUUUAUGAGGAGUUUUAUCUAAUACACACACGCACUCAAUAAGUGCAGGCAGAGUAGUUUAUGUAUGUGGCUUUUAAAUAAAACUGCUUGUCUCAGCAUUUAUCACAUGUGUGCACACUUUGCACAAGUCUGGCUUCAUACAAUCUGCAUCAAAACAACCACAGAUAUUGCAAAAUAAAAUCCAACAAGUGCAAAAAAUCCAAGGGACCCAGGAGGGUUAAAGGCUGCCUGCAUUAUACUGAAGCAUGAUUUAUCACCAUUUAACAGUCGUGUCUUAUAUCUGGUACUGUAUUAUAACCUCCCACUGUCUGUAUGGCACAGUUGCAAAGGAAGAUUCACUUUCAACUUGUCCAAAUGAGAGGUGGGCAAACAGCACAUAAACUACUGCUCCUUCUCUAUGGAAAUGUAAACACCAACUUUGCUGUUAUAAGAAAGCUCAUGAGCGAUUCUGCAGGUCUGUGUUUACACUGUAACCGUGCUUCUCAUAUGCACAUUCUGCUGAUGGCUGAUUGUUGAUUACCUGCUAUCUCUGGCUACUCUCCCUAACGCUCCACCCUUCAUUUAAUCUCACUUUAUCCCCCUUCUUGGCGUUUGCAAUGAUUAAUAUUAAAUGUUGUUUACAGUUAGCAUCAAAUCUCAAAUGGUGUCUAUUCAGUAUCUCGUAACAGUGUCAUUUCAUUUACAGAGUCACUCAAUUAUCAAAAAGAGAAAAGGUCUGGAGUUUCUUAAAACAGCCGGUUUGGUUGUUAUGGCAACCAUAAAAGCUCUGUUAGAAUUACCCAGGUAUAUUUUAAUUUCCCAGGAAAUCAAAAUAGGGUUAAUGACAUUUUCUGUUUUAGUGUCUCAUCCUAACUUAAUCCUGUAUUUAUGCCCAUCAAGUCACUUAACUGAAGUGUAAAAGUCGCAUGUACUUAAAGGUUGCGCAGAUUAUUACAGCAUAUCGUCGUCUAUGUUUUUUUUCAACUGCAACACUUGAAGUUUUGGAAAGAGGUGGAAGAUUACAGUAUCUUAGGUUCCCUAACAGAAAAAAAACACUAUUAAAAACAAUAAAUAUUGAUUUAAAUAAUGAAGUUCCUGCAAAAAACCAGUUGCUAGCACGUAGCAACUGAGCUACUGCUUGCUACCUGCUAGCUGGCUAACUAAGAUUUAUAUAGUAGCUAGUUAGCUGACAAACUAGUUUUUCGUCAUUCUUUUCUUUAUGCCUAUAAGGUAACCAAGUUAGUUUUAUUUGGAUAGUUUAGUAGGCUAUCUGCUAAUGUAGCUAGCCUGCACCCAACUGCUUUACAAACAAGCGGCUCAUUACGUGCUAAGUUUUUUUUUUUUUAAACAAUGUUACCCUGUGAGUGCUGGUGUAAAUGCUGGUGCUGCUUUUGUUUCCACGACAUCAUAAAUGUCCACGUUUUGCACCACAAUGUUUCCAAAUUAUCAUAUUUAUCUUUUCACCUUGACGAAAUACUAGUUACCCUUAAAAACUCUGGGCUUUCAUUUAAAAGAAGCUUUAAUCUGUCAUGAUUUUAUUAAGAGCUUGGACCCACAUGCAGAUAAACCAGUCAAGAGAGACCAGGGAAAAAGUUUAACAGGUUUAUUGAGAAGUUUUGUGGAGGUUCCAGUGUUGCUCUGAACACUGCUCAACCGGAACUGAAAGGUGAGGGGAAGACACUGCGGUUAGUUCAGGUUCAGUGGAACUUGAAGAGGAGAAAAUGUUUGCAGACUCACGUUUCCAGAGAUUAGGUUGACUCUUAGACUCCAGUAGGUGAGGAAGGUGUUUGGGUUUUUGUCUCAUACUGUGGAGGGCGGACUGGGUUACCCAGAAUGCGGUUGCUUGUAGAUUAACGGAGAAAGACUGACUGCCGCUCAGAUUUCCUGCGGUACUUGAACGCGCUGUUGUGUAGAUGAAUCCCUUGCUCAGUGUGAAGCUCAAACGUUUCCUCGGGGAAAAGUGGAUCCAAACCUCCGGUUGAAGCCACCAGUACAAUCGCUUACACAUUGCUAAUC